CUGACCUAGCAACAUUCAUAGAGUGCCUUUCUAUAAUCUGUGGUCUUUCUUUUGGUAAAAAUCGGGAUCGUGAGAUUCUUGUGAUAUGGCCGGAAAUAAUACCGAAGAAGUAGAGGGGUCCGCGACCACCGAUGUGAAGACCAACAGUGCUGCGGAAGUACCGCCAGAGUUCCUUAUCAAGCACCCCCUACAGAACACUUGGAGCCUUUGGUUUUACGACAAUGACAGAAACAAGACAUGGGAAGAGAACCUGAUAGAACUCACCACAUUUGAUACAGUCGAGGACUUCUGGAGACUGUACCACCACAUAAAACUACCGUCAGAACUGCGUCAAGGCCACGACUAUGCAGUGUUCAAACAGGGCAUCCGUCCCAUGUGGGAGGAUGACGCCAACAAGAUGGGAGGCCGAUGGCUUAUCAGUCUUGAGAAGAAACAGCGUAACUCCGACUUGGACCGGUUUUGGUUAGAUGUGGUUCUUUUACUCAUUGGGGAGAAUUUCGAGAAUGCUGAUGAAAUUUGCGGUGCAGUUGUGAAUGUUAGGCCUAAACUUGAUAAAAUAGGUGUGUGGACAGCUGAUGCUUCCAAACAGCAUGCUACUAUAGAGAUUGGCAGAAAACUGAAGGAGCAGCUCGGAAUCCACGGGAAAAUCGGCUUUCAGGUCCAUAGAGACACUAUGGUCAAACACAGCUCGGCCACCAAGAAUCUGUAUACUGUUUAGUCUGAAUUAUUUGUACUACAUGUAUGGGAUAACUCGUUAUUAUGAAUAACAGAGUAUAAAAGUGAAGCUCUUGUGAAAUAAAUCUAUUAAAUAUUCUGUUUAUUUUGGUUGAAAAAUUAGUCUCAAAAGUUACAAAUCCGUGUGAUUAAAUGAUGUUUGUGUAAAAAGAUUGGGUGAUUUAACUACAAACCAAAGUUUCGAUACGCUUGAGCACCCAAUGCCGCGGCCAUGGUUGUGUGUUCUGCUUAGUGUAAGCUCCCAUGUUCAGUGGUGCUGCUUCUAUGCUACACUUCUAUACCUUGUUACUAUGUUGUGAACUAAAUGCUAAGUUAUUAUUCGCACUGUGUGCGAGUAUUAACGAUUUUUCAAUGGUUGGUCCAGUUGUGAAACUUAUUGAUUAAGUAAUGAUAUUUGAUAUAUCAAAUUAUUGAUUGGGCUAUAAGUCUGUAUAUGAUUACUAAAUGUUACAGUUAGAUUGCUGUAGCAUUUGUAACGUUUAGAAUCUGAUAGAGACAUGCUAGAGUUAUCUCAUAUGUUUCGUCAAAUAGUUUAUUUUAUUUAACAGAAGUCGUGUUUUAGGUUGAUGUUUGAUCGUUUGUUUCGUAUUCGGAGCUUUAUAACAUCUAGCAAAGUGAUACUGAAGUAUUUUAUGAACUAAUUAACUGAUAUGAACUAAAAGGAUUAUUCAUAAUUUUAUUAAUAUAUCUUACCAAACAGAGGCCUUGACAAAAAGAGGCUGCCAUGUCAUUAUACAUAUGCUUAUGUAUCAUAAUAAUAAUGACGUAUGGUAUAAUGUAGUCAGGUGGAUGAGAUGUUAAUAACAGUUCAAAUCAGUUAUUUAGUUUGUCAAUAUCCACUUUGCUGUUGAACUGUAAGUCUGAUUUUUUAUAUGAAAUGCUCGAGUAUGUUUGUUGUACGAUCACAUAGUCGUAAGUUUGUAUUUACUUAGUUCUAGAACAAGAACUAAACAAAAACAUUUAAUUUAAAGCAUUAACACUCACCCUGUAAACCCAUAGUCGAACCGGCACCUAUAAGUCAGGUGUACUAGUUACACAUACUGGCUCCAGUAAUGUGUUGUUUAAAUUUGGUAUUUGUAAGUAACGUUUUGGCAUACAUAUUUUAAAUAAAGUAUAACUUAA